AUGGACGACACUCCGCCCCCGAAGAAGAAAUCGCGCUUCUUCAGUAAUGGUAAAAGCAAAGUCGGCAACCUCUUGCGUCCAUACAGAAAGCAGGCGGAAGCAGACGCCGAGAGCUCGGCAGGGCACAUCGAUGAUGCUCCUCAAUCUAAUGCCAAUGGUCUUCCUCCAUUAUCCACCGUUCAUACUCCCGCCAUCUCGCAGCUGACGAAUCCGGCUCAACGCCCCGUUGGUGUCGCGACAUCCGGCUCCGGUCUUUCGACGCCACUUCACACAACCUCCUCACAGUCCACACCACAAGGCUGCCUCCCCAAGAAAAACCCUCCAGCCGAUAGUCAACGCCAAGACAAAGGACAACGCAUUGUACCUCAGGCAUAUGUUACAGAGAGUGAAGCUGAGACGGACUUGGAUUCGGGUUCUGAAGACGACAAUCACGGAAGAAAGUUCGAUGAAAGCGACCAGGAGAAUGUCGAACCAGACACCAAUCCACAGUCGAACCCAGCUAUCUCCGAUGCGGAUCAAACCGCCUCGAGGCACAAGCGAAGAAACGCCAUCUACGGUGUCGACGCUCUCCUUCCACCAGGCUCGAAUACCCAUGAACAAUAUGCUGCUCAAAGCUCUAACACCAUCUUCGCUCCCAUUCCCCCAGGUCCUCUGGGAAACAGUUACACUUUUGGUGGUGUCCCUUCAAACCCCCAUGUCGCUCCAGCUGGAGGACAAUGCCCCUUCAACUUCCGUACCGCACAGAUUCUUUCCCCGCUAGGGGCCGUGGAACUAGCUACAGGCGAUAGCCUGCAGCACCCCCUUGGCUCCGGUCUAGCACGAAUGGCACAACAAAGUGUUCACCGUGAUACCGGUCCACUCCAGCAGCAAUCGCAAACACUACCAACAGGCCCCUGGAAUAAGGUCACAGCCUCUGGUGUAGAUGUGGACCGGGAUGAAUAUGGUCGCCGGCUGCGAAGCUUCCCUUCCCGUGUGCCACGUCCUCCAGCUCAUCACGGCAUCUAUGUGGCCUCUAGCAUUCCUUCUCACGUCUCAAACCCAGACUCCCUUGUUCCAGACCACAUUUACACGUCCCCUAAUCGGAUCGAACGCGCCCACCAAUUCGCCCGGAAUUCUCUCAAACGCAAACGACCCGAAGCAAUCCUCCCUCCGCCGUCAUAUGUCUACCAGCGCACGGGUGACCCGAACUUCAACAUCUUCCACGGCUUUCUGCUGUACCCAGAACUCUGCUUCGCGCUGGCAUCACACCUCCCUGUCAAGGAGCUGAUUAGCUUGUACGCGAUCUGCAGAGACUUCCAUAUCAUUCUCGACACGCGAUUUACCACAGCAAUCCUCUCCCAAGCGACCGCUAAAGCGCCCGAGAGUGCCCGGGCAUUCAUGUUCCGCAGCUACGCACACCUUUGCCGCUCCGACCCGGCCGCACGCAUUCCUCACCCAAAUGCCGUCCUCGCAACGCAAAAAUUGCCCCGACGAAUCCCCUCGUUCCGGUGGCUCAAAAUGAUUCUGCACCGUGAGAAAGUCGUCCACGAGAUCAUGACCGUCUUCGCGGAAGACGGUAUCCCCCUCCCCGCGAGGUGUGCGCUGGCGCUCAAGAGGUUGUGGUUUAUGCUAGACAUACCCGACAACGCCCGACGGAUAGGGUACUGCCACAACAGGGGCAUGGUGACGGAUCUGGACCUGUACUUCUCCGCUUGUUUCCUCACGAAGCUGGACAUGAGACUCAACGAUCCUGUUGGCGGGGAGAAGAGAGACGGGAUGAGGAAACUGCUUCUAGCGCAGCGUAGCUUCACCACUGUCCUGCGGGUGUUGAAGCGCGAGAUGUGGACGACUAGAUUCGACGCGUUGAGGGAGUGGAUCAAGUACAAGUACAUGCCAGCAGCAGACGAGGAAGGGUUGAGCAUCUUCGGCGUCCCGCCGGAUAAAGUGGGCAAGGGGAAGCUGGAGUACUGGGGUCUUCGUACCGCCGAACAACUUGGUCGAGAGCCCGAGGUGCUCUUGAGGCCGGACCAACUGAUAAUCAGGGAAGCGUUCCGGCGCGGGAUGCAAAUCGAGAAGCAUUACAUCAAGUUCAUGCUCUACGGAUACGUGCGCCCGGACACGCUGGAAGACUAUGCACCCCGGACGUACGGGCGGAGGAUCGCCGAGCUCCAGGACGACGAGUACGAUGUUGACGACGUGGUCGGUGGGGUCGCUGCACUCGGGGUAAACGAUGAAGGAUUCGAUCCCCUACUCGACCUCGGACAGCCUAGGGAGGUGAGCAAGUACACCAUUGUCAAGGAAGAGACGUCUAAGCGGGAAAGGAACAUGAGGAAGGCCGAGGAGGAGUUUUUGAAGAGUUGUCUUGAGUGGUGGGAGAGCGAGCGGAAGGAGUGGGAGGAGCUAGAAGCAGAGUAG